GGCAUGAUAGUUUAUUUAUAAUAACAAACAACAACUUGUAUUAUAUUAUUUAACAGUAUGGUUCUCUAAACUGCGAGCUGUAAAAAUGGGAAAAUAUUCCACAAGUAUUCACCCACAAAGUUACCCAUGUGGUAACUCGUAAGCGGGCACGAGUUGUUUAAAACAAUAAGCCCGCGUUAUGGUGUGGAGAUGUGAACAAUUCUUCUGUGCAAUACUGGUAAAAUCAAGGAAACAAAAUGUUCCGAAGUUGCGGAGAAAACCACUACAAUUUUAUUUACCACCGCACGUAGCGCACGACACCCAUGUAGUUUCUUAAGUGGGGGUUCCCCUUUACCUUAAUAAAACAACAAGACCGCGCUAUUACGUCAGUUCAUCAUAGGAUUGGCUGGCUGAGGUAAAAACGUGAUAAAAGAGUAUAAAUACCCAGACUUGCCUAAUUAUUUUGAAAGAAAGGAAAGCCAUAGACUUCUAAAAAUGAAACGAGCAAAAGUAGUAGAAACGGAUGAUAUUAAUAAGAAUGGCGAAGAUGAAAAACAUCCGAACUUCCUCAUUCCUAAAUUGUGCAGUUGGAUGUAUGACCUCAAAUGGGCAACUGGAACAGGCGGGGGUAUGUCGGUUAAACAUGGAGAUUUUAUUUACAUGGCUCCUUCAGGGGUGCAAAAAGAAAUGAUUAAACCCGGUGAAAUCUUUAAAUGCAAUGCUAGUGGUGAAGUUUUGGAGAACCCCGCUAGUCUAAAAUUAACUGAAUGUGCACCACUGUUUAUGAAUGCUUAUUCAAUUCGGAAUGCCGGAGCAGUUCUUCACAGCCAUAGUAAAGAUGCAGUUCUUGCAUCACUUAUAUUCAAAGGGAAAGAGUUCCGUAUUUCUCACCAGGAAAUGUUGAAAGGAAUUAAAAAAGGUUCUUCAAAUGAACCUCAUAAAUACAUUGACACACUUAUUGUACCAAUAGUCGAAAAUGUACUGUAUGAAAAAGAUCUAACGAGAAGAAUGAAGAAAGCAAUGGAGUUGUAUCCAGAAUCUAAUGCAGUUCUUGUUCGCCGCCAUGGUGUAUAUAUAUGGGGCAAAAAUUGGCAACAAGCUAAAACUCAGGCAGAAUGCUACCAUUACCUGUUUAAGCUUGCAGUUAAGCUUAAACAGCUGGGCAUUGAACCUGACCAAGCUCCUGCUGGGGAAAAUGGAAUUGCUGAUUAGUUAGGAAUUGUUUUUAGUUUUAAACAAUCAUGGAUAUUCUGUCAAGACAGAAGGUGGUCUUCAAAUAUAAAAAAUAAGAUCUAUUAAAAACAUUCAAUAUGCAAAUGCGGAAUUUAUUAAAAUAAGAAAGUAAUUAUAUUUUGUUUUAUCCUCCCACCAAUAACUUUAGUUUGUCCUUCCAAAGUAAAUAGAUAUACGAACAAGUAAGAACAGCCAUUGUUUGAAAACAAUGGUCAAUGGACGCCAUCUUGUUUCCCACAUGAGACGUGAAAUGCAUGCAUAAGCAUGGACGACAGAUGAAUAUUUUUCAUAUUUUAACUACUUUUUGGACUUUUAAUCAUUUUUUUUAAGUGUUGUAUUAUAGGAUACAGAAAACAAUUACGAUCCAUCAAAAUUAAAAAUAAUUGAAUAUUUUACAAGCCAACCAAAACUUGAGAAUUUGCUUUUUAAACGUAAAUAUUUAAAAUUAAUGCAAUGCCGGUGCCAAAUGCAUUAAAUGUAUAUAAUUCUGUAACAUAAAUAACCCAAACAUUGCCCAAAAAUAAGCAAAUAUGUCGGUUUACGCAUGUAAAGUUCAACGAUGUUUGAGCGGGGAAACAUGUGGAAAACAAGAUAGCGGCCUUGUCCUUACUUGCUAAUAUCUAUGUUCUUUGUGUCCACCAUCGGAUAAUUUGCUUGUAUAAAGACUUAUUGUGUGUUUAUACUUUUUCCAACAG